CGCCAUCUAAAAUAAUGUCUACACUACUUUAUGUUCAGUUUUUAAUGCACUGCAUACUAUCCAAAGGUGUAAAGACCCAUCACUGUUAUCAUCAGGUAACUAAUGUUGGUUCCAAGUUUGGCAGAAGAAGAGCUGCUUCCCCUUUGGAUGGUUAUUGGACUGUUGUUGCAGUUCUCAGGAGCUUGCACAUUGCAAUCUGCAUACAGGGCACUUGAACUGUAGAAUCCAUUGCUGCUAGGUAUCAGAUAAUCCUCAUAAACAUUAACACAGCAACCGAUAGUUUCUAUAGCUGUGUCAAGUUUUGACUUGCAGGAGCACGUUUCACUG